UAAAAUGGGUUUGCUCCACUGAGGAAGCUCAGUGAGAGCAGGCUGGAAAGGGACCGGGUUCUGAGUGAGGGGCUGGCAACAAGGUGCAGAGCCAAGACCAUGGCCCCAUGCCCUGCGGCCCGCCUGCGGUAUGUGGGCUCGCAGCCCCCUCGGGAUGCCUUUAGGUGACUGACAGCUGGCGGUGGAGUGCGCCCUGCUCAGCAGGCCUAGGAGAGUGGCGACCACAACCUCAACGCCCGCGCCCCGAGCCUGGACGGGUCUCCGCGGCCUGUAGGGGGCAGCGCGAAGCUCGGGAGGCGAUGGCCGCGGGCACCCAGAGGUGACUCCGCCUGCACGACGUCCUCCGUGCCGUAGGCGAGCUCGCCUCACGCGCCACAUCCCGAUCAAAAAGAGAAAGAAAAAAAAAAAAAAAGAAAAGAAAAAGCGGAAGAAGCGGCCGAGGCGGCGGCGGCGAGGAGGAGGGGCCGCGCGCGGCGGCCGGAGGCGGCGGCCGGGACGCGGGGACGCGGCUUUGUGCAGGCGGGUCGUGGGGCGCCCAUGGCGGAGUGUGGCCGGGGCGCCGCAGGCGGGGCCCUGCCCACCUCCCCGGGCCCGGCCCUCGGCGCCAAGGGCGCCCUGAAAGCGGGAGCCGGGGAAGGCGGCGGUAGCGGCGGGGGAGGUCGCCUCGGCCACGGGCGGGCGCGCUAUGACAGCGGCGGGGUUUCCAACGGAGACUGCAGCCUCGGAGUGUCCGGGGACGAAGCCCGGGCCAGCCCUGCCAGGGGACCUCGAGGCGUGGCGCUCGCGCGGACCCCUAGCCCGGCUGCGGGUCCGGUCCCCAGGGACAGCAAGCCGGGCGGCCUGCCCCGCCGGAGCAGCAUCAUCAAGGAUGGCACGAAGCAGAAAAGAGAGCGGAAGAAGACCGUGUCAUUCAGCAGCAUGCCAACAGAGAAGAAGAUCAGCAGUGCAAGCGACUGCAUCAACUCAAUGGUGGAGGGCUCUGAACUCAAGAAGGUUCGUUCAAACUCCAGAAUUUACCAUCGGUACUUUCUGCUGGACGCCGACAUGCAAAGCCUGAGGUGGGAGCCAUCCAAGAAGGAUUCUGAGAAAGCCAAGAUUGACAUCAAGUCCAUCAAGGAAGUUAGAACGGGGAAAAACACAGAUAUAUUCCGCAGCAAUGGCAUUUCUGAGCAAAUAUCUGAAGAUUGUGCGUUUUCAGUCAUAUAUGGAGAAAAUUAUGAGUCACUCGAUUUGGUUGCCAAUUCUGCAGAUGUUGCAAACAUCUGGGUGACAGGACUCCGGUACCUGAUUUCUUAUGGGAAACAUACACUUGAUAUGUUAGAAAGUAGCCAAGACAACAUGAGGACUUGUUGGGUUUCACAGAUGUUUAGUGAAAUUGAUGUAGAUGACCUUGGACAUAUAACUCUGUGUAAUGCUGUUCAGUGUAUCAGAAACCUCAAUCCUGGCUUAAAAACAAGCAAAAUUGAGCUUAAGUUCAAAGAACUGCAUAAAUCAAAGGACAAAACUGGUACUGAAAUCACAAAGGAAGAAUUUGUUGAGGUUUUUCAUGAACUUUGCACUAGACCUGAAAUUUACUUCCUUUUAGUUCAGUUUUCAAGCAAUAAAGAAUUCCUUGAUACCAAGGACCUUAUGAUGUUUCUUGAGGCAGAACAGGGUGUAGCACAUAUAAAUGAGGAAAUAAGCCUGGAAAUUAUUCACAAAUAUGAGCCAUCCAAAGAAGGCCAGGAAAAGGGCUGGCUCUCCAUAGAUGGGUUCACUAAUUACCUGAUGUCACCUGAUUGUUACAUCUUUGAUCCGGAACAUAAGAAGGUCUGUCAGGAUAUGAAGCAACCUCUGUCUCAUUACUUCAUAAACUCAUCUCAUAAUACAUACUUAAUAGAGGACCAGUUCCGGGGUCCCUCUGACAUUACAGGAUAUAUCCGUGCUCUUAAAAUGGGUUGCAGGAGUGUUGAGUUGGAUGUGUGGGAUGGGCCAGAUAAUGAGCCCGUGAUUUACACAGGCCACACCAUGACCUCUCAGAUAGUCUUCCGCAGUGUCAUCGAUAUCAUUAACAAGUAUGCAUUCUUUGCUUCUGAGUAUCCUCUCAUCCUGUGUUUAGAAAAUCAUUGUUCUAUUAAACAACAAAAGGUGAUGGUUCAACACAUGAAGAAAAUUUUAGGAGACAAGCUGUAUACCACAUCACCCAACAUGGAGGAAUCUUAUCUACCAUCCCCCGAUGUCCUGAAAGGGAAAAUACUAAUCAAAGCAAAGAAGCUGUCUUCAAAUUGCUCUGGUGUGGAAGGGGAUGUUACUGAUGAAGAUGAAGGGGCAGAAAUGUCUCAGAGGAUGGGGAAAGAGAAUGUGGAACAACCCAACCAUGUGCCUGUGAAGCGAUUUCAGCUUUGCAAAGACCUGUCUGAACUGGUCAGCAUCUGUAAGUCAGUCCAGUUCAAGGAGUUCCAGGUGUCGUUUCAGGUGCAGAAGUACUGGGAAGUGUGUUCAUUCAAUGAAGUGCUAGCCAGUAAAUACGCCAAUGAGAAUCCUGGGGACUUUGUAAAUUACAAUAAGCGUUUCCUCGCCAGAGUCUUUCCUAGUCCAAUGAGAAUUGAUUCUAGUAACAUGAACCCUCAAGAUUUUUGGAAAUGUGGCUGUCAAAUCGUAGCCAUGAACUUUCAGACUCCAGGGCUAAUGAUGGAUCUGAACAUUGGCUGGUUUAGGCAGAAUGGAAACUGUGGCUAUGUUCUUCGACCAGCCAUCAUGAGGGAAGAAGUCUCCUUCUUCAGUGCCAACACAAAGGACUCUGUCCCUGGAGUUUCGCCUCAGUUGCUUCACAUCAAAAUCAUCAGUGGCCAGAACUUUCCCAAGCCCAAAGGGUCAGGUGCCAAAGGGGAUGUGGUGGACCCUUAUGUCUAUGUGGAAAUCCAUGGCAUUCCUGCUGACUGCGCAGAACAGAGGACGAAAACUGUGAACCAGAAUGGAGAUGCUCCUAUGUUUGAUGAAAGCUUUGAAUUUCAAAUCAACCUCCCCGAACUAGCCAUGGUGCGCUUUGUAGUGCUGGAUGAUGACUACAUUGGCGAUGAAUUUAUUGGCCAGUACACGAUUCCCUUUGAAUGUUUACAAACGGGCUACCGCCAUGUGCCUCUGCAGUCCUUGACUGGAGAGGUCCUUGCCCAUGCUUCUCUGUUCGUCCACGUGGCUAUUACUAACAGAAGAGGAGGAGGGAAGCCUCAUAAACGGGGCCUUUCUGUGAGGAAAGGGAAGAAGUCCCGGGAAUAUGCAUCUCUGAGAACACUGUGGAUUAAAACUGUAGAUGAGGUGUUCAAGAAUGCCCAGCCCCCCAUCCGGGAUGCCACAGACCUGAGAGAGAACAUGCAGAAUGCAGUGGUUUCUUUCAAGGAAUUAUGUGGCCUCUCCUCAGUGGCCAACCUUAUGCAGUGCAUGCUGGCCGUGUCUCCUCGAUUCCUGGGGCCUGACAAUACUCCCCUGGUGGUCUUGAAUCUUAGUGAGCCCUACCCCACCAUGGAACUGCAGGCCAUCGUGCCUGAGGUUCUGAAGAAGAUCGUCACAACUUAUGACAUGAUGAUUCAGUCCCUCAAGGCACUGAUUGAAAAUGCAGAUGCUGUGUAUGAAAAGAUUGUGCACUGUCAGAAGGCAGCCAUGGAAUUUCAUGAACACUUGCACAGCAUAGGCACCAAGGAGGGACUGAAGGAACGGAAACUACAGAAGGCGGUGGAGAGCUUUACCUGGAAUAUUACGAUUUUAAAGGGACAAGCGGACCUUCUGAAAUAUGCUAAGAAUGAGACCCUGGAGAACCUGAAGCAGAUCCAUUAUGCAGCCGUUUCCUGUGGACUGAACAAACCAGGCACCGAAAACUCAGAGGCCCAGAAGCCACGCCGGAGCCUGGAAGUGAUCCCCGAGAAAACCAGUGAUGAAAAUGGAGAUUAAGGGGCCUCCCCAAGGACUCCCCACUGAGGACCAGUCAGCAAGCGCACUGCUCACUGAUUCGGAUAAGGUCUGGGAUAUUGUGCACAACUGGAAUACCCAACUGCAGGCCAUCACAGCUGUGAAUGUACGUAGCAACCCACGUGUGAAGGCAAAUAAACUCUUUAACACGAAACUCUGUCCUGGCCCAAACAUGCUGUCUUUGUAUACAAAGCGCCCUGAGCCCCACUGUGAAGGACAGUGCACUGCUGUAGUUCCUCUGUGAAAGCAGUUCCUCGGGUGGAAGUGGAUCGGAUGGUUGAAUUCGUAUUUAUUGGUGAAACCGUGAAUGUGCACACCUAACUGGUGUGUGUGUCCCGGUCUUGGCACUGCAGGGGAUUUGGUGGCCUGCUUGCUGAGCCGUAUUUACCAGCAGAAUGUAAGAACCCAGGAGCUGAGGGCAGUGUGCAGUGUGGCUGGGCUGCCUGGCUAACGAUGUGCUGUGUCAGCAUGGGCAGCCGAGUGGAAGCCACACCUUGUACAUAGUUUUUCAUUGUAUGAUGCAGUGGUCACAUUAAAGAUAUCUUUUAUGGGA